AUGAAGCCUUCCGCUCCAUCAGCAUCUCUUCUCCGGUUUCUGCGAUCACAAUCCGAUUCCUUUUUCUUCACAGCCAACCCAACUACUUGCGGACGAUCUCUCAAUAAUGAUCCUCAGUCUCAUCAUCAGCAUCACGCCUUCUCGCUAAGCAAGACGUCAGACUGGACAAGUAUAAACCCUGCACCAUGCCGUGCGAGCCUAGAGUCAUGCCUUUUACCCUUACCAGGCCUUUCGUCUAGAACUCGCGGUGCUGUACGAUGUCGGGCGUCGCUGGCUCAACGCUCUUCACCGAGUCCGUUUUCCCUCCCUAAUGCGCACUUUUCACGCGCUUCGUCCACCAAGAGCAAGAGCUUGUGGCGUAGGCUCUUCGACUUCAAGCGAAACAAAGCUGCCGAAUCCAAAUCAUAUCUCCGCCAGCCACCUGCAUUGAUCAAUGACGGAACAGAAGGAAGCUUCAACAUUGGCCGCGGAUUAGUGGCAAAGGCAUCUAAUGAGCCGCGCCUUCGAUGUACCGAGUUCGACAGCACUGGAAAUGUUACUCUUGUGAAUGGCGAAUUCAAGAAGAGCGAGCUGAUUGCCAAGUAUGGUCUCCUACCUCGGGACUUGCGAAAAAUCGACUCGUCUACACUGCCUCACAUCCUAGUGCGACCGCGUGCCAUUCUUAUCAACCUCCUACACCUUCGAGUCUUGAUCAAGGCUGAUCGCGUUCUCGUUUUCGAUGCGUACGGAUCCACGGACUCAUACAUGCAAUCGCUAUUUGUGUAUGAUCUCGAAGGAAAGCUACAACAGAAACAAGGACAGACUACGGGAGCAUUGCCUUACGAAUUCCGAGCGCUGGAAGCGGUCUUGAUCAGUGUCACAAGUGGCCUGGAGGAGGAAUUCAAUGGUGUUAGAGAUCCGGUCGUGAGCGUGCUCAGAGCUCUGGAAGAGGACAUCGACCGCGACAAGCUCCGACAUCUGCUUAUAUACUCCAAGAAGCUCGGCACGUUCGAACAAAAGGCUCGCCUCGUGCGUGAUGCGAUCGACGACCUGCUGGAGGCAGACGACGACUUGGCCGCAAUGUAUCUUACUGAGAAUUCGCAGGGUGUCCGACGCGAGGAACACGAACAUCAAGAAGUCGAGAUGCUACUGGAGUCGUACCACAAAGUUUGCGACGAAAUUGUGCAGGCCAGCGGCAACUUGGUGACCGGAAUUCGCAAUACCGAGGAAGUCGUUAAAGCAAUCCUGGACGCCAAUCGCAACUCCCUCAUGCUUCUCGACCUCAAAUUCAGCAUUGGAACUCUCGGACUCGCAACCGGAACCCUGUUCUCCGCACUUUACGGCAUGAACUUGAAGAACUUCAUCGAAGAAUCAGACUUGGGCUUUGGCGCUGUGUCCGUCACAUGCUUUGCCAUUACAAUCGUUGUUUGUGCUUAUGGGCUCGCCAAACUGCGCAAGCUUCAGCGUGUCCGCAUGUGGGGCGAAUCCGGCGUCGGCGGCGCAUCCAUGGUCUCUCUGCCUACAAGAGGUGGUGCGCUCGCCAGCCACCGGCCAAAUUGGCGCGCGGAUACCGUUGAGCCUGUCUGGGGCAGUCUCCCCGGUGAAGGACGCGUGGAGAGGAUCAAGCGCAUUAAAGACAAUGCCGCUGCAGCUGCAGCCCGAUCUGCAACCCUGAAGGCUGCUAAUGUGCCCCCAACGUCGUCUGGAGAUGCUACCAAGCAGUCAGAGAGUUUUUAA